AUGGCCGAUGGGCUGGUACCAGCGGGAAACGAUAAUGCUGAAGGUCUCCCAAGCUUCCACUCGCCAGAGGGUCAGACCCAAAAUCCAAACGACUGGGAGGAGCGCGUGGACUUGAAGAUCAAAGCGUACCUGUUGGAGCAUUCGGUAGAAUACCGUCAGCUGAACGAGCUCCGACAUCAGGGGUGGAACAAUCCGGCAGGCGAUUCCUACUUCAAGAAACAGCGUCAGCAGUCCGACACUGCUGAUGAGAAAGUGGCGCAGAUCUUUUACAAGAUGAUGCAGAAGAUCGCACAAGAGAUGCACCAGAAGACCGAUGGAGCCCUCGCUAUCAAGAAGCAUUCCGGGAAUGACUCAGCUAUCCUCGACAUGUGUAUGGCGCCUGGAGGCUUCCUGCUCACAACUAUGAACAUCAAUCCUGGCGCUCGCGCUCUUGGUAUAACUCUGCCUGUCAGCGAGGGAGGAUACAAGGUACUCCUUCCAGAGUGCCUCAAUGUGUCUUACAAAUUCCUGGACGUUAACAUGAUGGCUUCAGACAUGGGCGUCCGCUAUAUCUCCCUUGGACAUCCAGAUGCCGAUGAAUUUCUUCCGCAUCAGUUCAGACCCACCGACGCCUUCGAUCUUGUCAUGUGCGAUGGCCAGGUCUUGAGGACUCAGGAGCGAGCCGCCUACCGGGAGCAUAGAGAAGCAAUAAGACUUACCGUCGCCCAGCUUGCUCUCGGCCUUGAGCACCUUCGCCCUGGCGGAACUAUGAUCAUUCUCCUCCACAAGGCUGAGAGGCCUAAGUCAGUAGGCUUGUUCUACACUUUCAGAAAAUUCUCUUCAGUCAAGCUAUUCAAACCGACCAAGUACCACACGAAGCGAUCUUCGUACUAUAUGGUUGUUACGGAUGUCCAGAGCCAGCACCCCGAAGCUCUUGCAGCGGUAGGGACAUGGAAGAAGCAAUGGGAAGCUGCCACGUUUGGAACAAACGACGAGUUUGAGGAAGCACUUCAUGGCGAGGAAUUCGAUGUAGCGAAGAUCCUCGAAGACUUCGGUCCGGAGUUUGUGGAGAUGGGAAGGGAGGUAUGGGCAACCCAGGCACGUGGCUUGAGCACGGCGCCAUGGAUGAAAGAGAAGAAGUGGAAGCGCCCAGGCAAGAACCGCAGGCUCGAUAUGCGCCGUGGUACCGUGGCAGACUAG